ACCACUGUCCUCACCAUGACCACACUAAGCAUCAGCGCAAGAAACUCGUUACCUAAAGUGGCGUACGCGACGGCCAUGGACUGGUUCAUAGCCGUCUGUUAUGCCUUUGUGUUUUCUGCGCUGAUCGAAUUUGCCACUGUCAACUACUUCACCAAGCGCAGCUGGGCUUGGGAUGGCAAGAAGGUGCUGGAAGCCCAAGAGAUGAAGAAAAAAGAGCCAGUGGCACUAGCGAAGAAAACCAACAACACCUACAACAUUGUUGGCACCACAUAUGCCCUCAACAUUGCCAAGGACCCUGGUCUGCCCACCAUCUCCAAGAGUGCUGCUGCCACUGCUACUGCCACCAACGUCCCCCCGAAGCUGCCCCGCAUAGAGGAGAAGCUUGCAGAGAGUAAGAAGACAUACAACAGCGUCAGCAAGGUAGACAAGAUGUCCCGCAUCGUCUUUCCAGUCCUCUUUGCCAUUUUCAACUUAGUCUACUGGGCCACAUACGUAAACCGGGAGUCAGCUAUCAAGGGAAUGAUCCCCAAACAAUAAAACCAGUCACACAAACCUUCCAUCAGUGAGCAUUAUCCAAGCAGGAAUUCUCCAG